UAAAUCGACGCGGUUAAUCAUAUGGCGCUCUUGUCAAGUGUCAAGGAUGUUGUGAAUUAUCGUAGCUUUCUCGGAUUAUUCUUAUGACAUGUACUAGUGGUCCUGUGAUAUUUGUCAUAAAACAAGAUAUUUUGUUCACUUGUUAUUAAAACUCUCUAUUCCUGUUAUCGUUCCACAUAAAACAGUUCUUGGUAUCAUUAAUACUCUUAUUUGUAUAGGACAGUUUCAAGCAGUUCCUCUCUAUGUAAAUGAACUUUACCGGAAUCAAAGCUCAUUGGUAAUGAUAGUGAGGAUUUAGCAGCUUCAUUUCACGUAAGAUUCCCAAACUACUGAACAAUGAGUAUCUCUCAUUCGUCAUCACCCAAUUUUGGGGAAAAGCCUCACUUCAAAAUUACCGAUCGACAGCAAUCAGCACCUGGUGUGGAAUACCUACAGGGAAAUAAUAAUUGUUUUGAAGAGGAAGAAGAAUGGCAGUCGAAGUUGGAUGUUUGGCGUGAAAAACGUCGUCAAGCCUUACUCACUGAGGCAACAAAAUUUGCCUUAUUUCAAGAGCGUGAGAGUAGAGAGAACGAAAGACGUAAGGAAGAAGUAAAAGAUCGCCUUCGUAAAGCCAAAAGCCAACGUAAUCUAAUUUCCAGUGGACAUGUUUCUUCCUUAGAUUUAGCUCCACCACCAAAAAUAAAUAGUCUUGGCGUCGCAUUACUAACGGGUAGCGAUUUUGAUCCGCUCACUUUCGGUCAUUUUGAAAAAAAUCAAAUGGAUACAGUCUCACCAUCACAAUCGGUUUCUUCAAAUAAAUUUCAGUACACAGAUAGUUCAGAUCUUUAUAAGUCAAAUGACUCCGAGACUAAUUUGAAGGCCUACUCCGAUUGUUCUUCACCUGUGUCUGAACUGAAAACUGAAGUUCAGAGUAAUAUUACGGACAAAAUAAUGGAUAUUUCUUCUCCAAACAAAAAUUCUGUCGAAAAAUAUGCCAAAUAUAAUCGAAUUGAAGUAAUUCGUGAUCUCAUGUCUAAACCAAAUAAUUGCAACGUUGAAGUCACCCCGGAAACCAAACUGCCUUUUGAUGCGAGUCUUGAAAAUAAUGACUAUUCAGAAUGCAAAUUACGUUUGUCAUCAAGACCUGGAGUAUCAGAGGUUCAUUGGGGACUAACAAUAAAAGCACGAGGUCCCUCAAAUACUUCCCCUUUUGUUGUUGAACGCGUUAAAAUUGGUAGUUCGGCAGAUAUCUGUGAAUUUCAAAAAGGUGACAUAUUGGCUUCUAUUGAUGGCAUAAACCUGGGUACUAGUCGGAAGAACACUGACAAAAACACCAGUCAAGUUACAAACUUAGAGGAUAUAGAAAACUUGAUGGCUCGUUUAGUUUUGGCCAACAAACCGAUUACUGUUCAGGUCUUCAGAAAAAUGGAUGAAUUUGAUGAACUGAACGAUGGCGAAUCGGAUACAGGUGGAGAUUUUUCUGUCGAAUCAGCAGCCGUGAAAUCCAAACACACACCAAGUAACAUUAGUGAUUCCGAUAGUGAAUGCCAUGAGUUACUUGUUUCUCCUGUUGUCAAGGUUUCUCACAAAACAUCUCCUGUUGAUAGCCCAGUUUUACAAAGACCUAUCACAAUUACACAUUCACGUCAUAGGUCACCUUCCCGAAGCUCAAUUCAAAUUUCUGAUGACGAAGUUAACAAUUCAUCUGUGUCAUCUAACUCCGAAGUAAAAGAAUACAAUUGUCUAAAAGGGAACUUUAAUAUUUCGUCCAAAUCAAGUGGUUUAAUUUCUAAGAAUGAGAUUUCUCCAUUAUUUAAAUCAAAUCAAGAUAAGUCUAAAGAUGAAAUUUCAAAUCCUGCGGAAUUUGAUAUAUCAUCAAAUACACCAACUCCAUCGGAUUCAGCAAAUUGCAACAGUACUUUAUAUCAUAAACAAAAUGUAGAAGUAACUUUAACGGAACCUGUUUCUUUCUCAUUGGUAACUGCAUCCACACUAUCUCCAAGCAUUCAAAUGACCCAUCAAAUACAACCAACUGUUUCUGUUUUGGAGGAUAUUAAGCCUACUGGUUUUAUACAUAAGAAAAUAACUCGUCCAGAACACUUUGCUGUGAACAGAUCACUUGGACAAGAGGUAACAUAUGUUUCAAAAAUUGUUGGAGAUUCCCCCACAUCAACACCUACAUUUCUAGGUGAAACGACUUCGCAUCUUUCGUCGUUACCCAAAACAAGACAUGUAUCAAAGCAGAGAACAUUCCAUAUUCAUCCCAAACUGCCUGAAACAUGGGAUGAUAUUCCCUCUCAUAUAUCUGGUAUUCGAGGUUCAUUUCCCGCAAACUAUAAACAGAAUUCAGUGUUCAAUGUUCCUCCACAAUCUUACCCUCUAUAUACUACAGAUUUGUGUAAAUCGAAACAACUAGAUUCCUUCCGACCCCAUGUCCCUCCACGGCCUAUUCCUAAAGUAACUCGUGCUGCACCCCAGUUUAGUGGAUUCACUACGACUGUUGAAUCUGAAUCACGUCCAUCCAUCUUCAGUUCAAGUAACCAAACGAUUCCAGUUAAGUCCGAUUCACUUUCCGAUACAACAAAAAGCAAGUCCCUACGUGUCUCAGAAUCCGAUAUUUAUGUCAACACUUCGAACAUUCGUUCUUCACCACAACCUGAUGCAUUGAUACCGAUGACUAAAAUUAAACAGCUACCUCAAGGUUCACUGAAUGGUGAUGAUAAACAAAGCAUCACCAAAAAUUUUGUUAAUGAUCACGGUUUUGAAAGAUCAUCUGUUAAAUAUGCUUUGAGGUCUUCUGAUGAAACUGAGAAAUUUCCACUGCCAGCACAUCAAGUUUGCGAAAAUUCGGAGGUUGAAGUACCACCAAUUCCCCCUCGGACGCCACGCGUGCGAAUAGUCGAUAUUAAUCAAUUAUGCGCAGCGUGUAAUUCCAAACUAGAUUCUGAGGACUCAAUGGUUAUUGAAUCCUUAAAUCUAUACUAUCAUUUACCAUGUUUUGUAUGUGCAAGAUGUGGAAUUGCGUUAGGCGAUGGUCUAUCAGACGUGGAAGUUCGUGUUCGGCGUAACUUGCUUUACUGUUCACAUUGUCAUUCCAAGAAUCUCACUGUAUCGAAUUAUAACAAGAAUGAAUGUCAUCCAACGAUGCAAAGUGUGCAACCUAGUUCUCAACCACUAAAACCCACUGAUAAACGACACCGAAACGGUUCAGAACAGCAGUUAAAUAAACAUCACGUUCUGUAAACUGCCUUCGUUUUUCCUUUGUUUUAAUCAAAAGAACACAAUUUCUCAAUACUGUGCACUAUGACUGACGAUUCGAGCUUAAUAACUGUGAUUUCGACGAGUUCAAACCGGAAAUUUAGAUCACCAACAGGCUUCGUAAGAUGAUUCCUACUUAAUCAUAAAUUUGAGCUAUAACAUGCACUUUUAUCUUUCAUAAAAACUGAAGCUACAAUUUUGUACGCAUAAUUUUAUUUUGCUUGGCGAUAUCCUCUUAUUUUGCUACUAUUACUUUCACAAUUGAUUCGUUAGUUGUCCUCUAGAAUAUCAUUUAUAUAUUAUCAUCUAAUUUUCUCUAUAUGCGACUCUAUCGUCACACUUAUGUACAAUCCUUUUAAAAAUAUCGUACUUUAAACUGUAUAAUCGGAAUAUGUCCAAGAUAUCUUAAAAUACUACUAGUGUGUGUUUAUAGUAGCAUUGAAACAUCAAAGUGAAGAUAUACGACAAAAAACUAAUGCUUUUUAAUCUAUGAAACUUUUUGAUGAUUGGAAUAUGUUUGUCAUUCAAAGUUUACAAGUUAUUUCGUUCUUUAAGUGGGGCCCAAAAGUAAGGUGAACGAGAUUUUUGACUUCUCCUGAAUGACUAGGUCGAAAAUGAAACCAUGGAACACCGAAAGCUUUUGAAAGUUCUACUACAGUAGGCUCUGUAGAAUUUUUGAUGAUUGUAUCGGGUACAUUGAUUUUUAGAGGAGAAGCUGGAGUACGUAGCGAUUUAAUGUUAUGUGAAAUAGGCUAAAAAAUGAUAGGCUAAGAAAACCUACUUUAGUACACUCAUAAGGAACUUUUCUGACUGGAUGCCAACAAACGACGACUGCUCCAUCGGGAGAAAGAGUUAUAGCUGACUCACCACUUUAAAGUGAUUUCAAUAAAAAUAAAAAUACCUUUCCACCAAUUCUUUCGACAACCUAUAAGCACGGGUUGCAUUGAUUUGAAAUGAUCUAGAAAAAACAUAUGGGCUAACAUUAAAUUAAUUGUGAAUACGUGACAUAAAAAUACUCAGUUACCAAUAAAUAAUGCUGUUUAUUUACUUACUGGAAUAUAGCCUACAUCUAUGGUGUGAAGUCCAAUGAUACAAUUUAGUCCCAUGAACCUUAGAAAGUUAGGCUCGAGUAUGCAAUCCAUCGGUUGGAAACAAUGCUCAAAACUAUUGAGCAACAUCACCAUGCAUAUUUAGUGACAAAAUAGUUUUAGUGAUCAUUGUUCCACCUACAAGGUGGUACAAUAAGGUUCGUACUUGUUGUAACGAAUGAAGUAGCACAUAAUAGAUGUAGCUCACAACUUAAUGGAUAUAAUGUUUUUCCUUCGUACAGAACUCAAGUUGCUUUAAACAAUUUUUUGUUACAUCAGACAUCGAUGUACUCCUAUGGAUCAUCUGCACUGCAGUUUUCUCGAUUUUAAUGCACGCCUACACUAUAGUCUAAACGCUUACAGAUGGAUCACUCACUAACCAACAGACGAUUAUUAGCUCGAUCAACGUAAAGAAAGAAUCUCUGAGAAUGAACUGUAAGAAUAAAAUACACAUCGAAAUUUGGCGCUCGUGUAUUCUGAGACAAAACUCCACUCAAAUACUCUUGAUUUGCCUUUCACUUAGAUGAGAGAGAUAUGUAAUAAAAAACAACACAACCCACAAUAAUAGCUUUGGAUGUCCAUCAAUUCUCCAAACUUUUGGAAGACAUCUGCAGUUGGAUUUGCUAUCAAAUUAUGUAGUGUACAGCAUCAAAAGCUGAUUGUCUGUGUCAGUACUUAUUAGAAGACUUAUGCUGCAUGUUCUGCUCAAUUAUAUGGUUUCGGAGGAAAUACUUGAAAAAUUCGUGGCAGAACUGUAGUGUUGGGAUGAGACAAACUUUAAGCCCUUUAUAAAAGUCCUGAGAAAUUUACGAUCUUUUUCAAACAGGAAAUAAAAGUAUGUAUAAGUACAGCGUGUGGAAAAUUAAUUCUACCAGCAUUUGUGUGUAGGUUUCAAACUAAAUUGAUAAACUAAAAGCUGGGAUGAAAGCCAUUUUACUUUCGCAAGAAGACUUUAAAUCACAAAAUGAAAAGAAGUCUCACAGACCACAUUUAUUAAUAUCUUCCUAAAAACUAGUUAAUUUAUAAGAGCCUAACAGCUUUCUACCUUUAGAUAGACUUUAUUUAAACAAUAUUGAAAAACUGUCUUAAAUGGGACAAAAGCAAAGCAAGCAGCAGUCUGUAGUAUCUAUUUGUACGGGUACAAAUCAUUUGGACAGGCAGUUUUCGCUAUUCUUAUUUCUAGCACAUUAGGUCUUCCCAUAGUUUCGAAGUGCAAUAAUAUGGACUCAUGUUUCUUUCUAAUCUACCAAGAUGAAAGUCUACAACUUACCUACAAAUGAAUGUUUUCGAUAUCAGCAUUUCAAAAAAAACUACCCUUUGUUAGACUAGGCAGCUAAAACGAAGAAAAAGGUAGGACUAGUCAUUACAAAAAAAUACUGCACAUUAAAAUUUAUUGGAAUACAUUUCAUUCCAUAAGCAAGCAAAAUGUAAGCACCCAAUACAUCAAUUUUCAGUAAAACUUCAAGAUAGUAAAAUAUACACAUAUGUGUUGCCCUACUACCUUUUUAACUGGGGAUUUAGCUGUUUGGACACUUAUCUGUUAUUAUCAUUUGUGAGCAUCACUCGACUAAAUAUCGGUAACUGCUCCCACCACUACAAAUCAAAUAUAGUGAGGCCACAACUUAUGAACAAUCUUCGAGUAACGCUGAAGUGACCUUAAGGCAACUCACCUACUUACUAGGGUUAUAAAUUAGUAGUACGAUUUAGAGUUGGAAUUCGGGGUGGGGAAUUAGAUAAAGUUUCCAUCACGAAAUGACAUCAGGCAUAAUCCCAAAAUGCAGUUUAAUUAUAUAGAUGGAUGGUUUUCACGCCGGAAUCCGAAACUUGCUAUCCUUAAUUCCAUUGUUUUGUUCAUGAAUGGUAGUCUCGUCAGAAAUGGUAAAUGUGAAGUCUAGUAUGGCGUCUUAUAGUAGACCAAACUCACAUCACUGCAGCUAUGAAAAGAAUACUAACAGACGGCAAUAUAAAAGCAACAGAAAGCGAAUCAAAUUAAAAAAGAUGAGAAGCGCAGAGAGUAACACGAAACAGAUUGUUGCACAGAUUUUCUCAUUGAGUAAGCAUGCAUAUUACUUGCUCAAGAAGUGAUGUUAGUAAAAGCGAAUACUCUCCCAAGUUCAAAUUACCAAUACGUUGACCAAGGCCUCAAUAAAUCUAAGCGCUUUGGAUCACUAUUUCUUCCUUUUUAUUUGUUUGUUAUAGUUUUUUUAUUUUGAGAAGUUAGAUAAUUCAACUGUUAACAUUGUAACCCUACUACAGGUUAACAUUGAACAACAGAAUAGCAGCUUGAUGACAUUUUAACUAUCUCUUUAUGAUCGUCUAAUUCUUAUAUUCCUUUGUACAUAUAUAUCUUCGGCUCGUAUUUGUGAGUAUCAACCCUGUUACUCAUUACUAUUCUUAAUUCAGCAAUGAAUUUUUGUAUUAAUUACUCCAGCUUCAAAAGUACCAACAUAAUUCCAGUACCGUUGUAUAUAUAAAAACUAACUUAGACAACUUAUGUACAGAUUCCCAGAAACUAUUUGUUACGUAUUACAGAUUGUUGACAUGUUAAACGUAGGAUGUCUAACCUUGAGAUACGGGAUAGAUUUGGACUAGCCGCUUCCCAAUAUAUCCAAUGUCUUUGUGGCGAGCUCGUACAAACUGAUUGAUAUUACUCAAUUGGUACUGUGUACGAAGAUAAAAUUGAACAAAUAAGUUGAAGAAAGAAGAUGAUAAUAAGAAAGUUAGAGCGUAGUUUCUGAAAUGCGGCGAUGAUGGCCGUGGCAAUUUGUAAACGUGCGUCAAACACAGCCGGUUCAAGAGAGAAAUUGUAAUCCAUUGGUGAGUGCGUGUUCGUCAAAACUUCUCUUGAAGCUAUCAACUGAUGGAGCUAUGGUCACUAAAAUUAGCUUAUUCAUGUAGACCUGAUCGACUUUCGAAUGUAGUUUCUACUGAAUCUAGUUUAACUCAUCAUGACAGAAAGUCAUAGUCGGAGAUUUAUUAAUUAUUUUGCGGUGGACUAAGCUGUUAGACACUA